GUUCAGCCAAAUUCACUUUUGCAUCAAAUCUGCUUGUUCUUCUUCUCUCACUCUUCAUUUGCAAUUCAAUUUACUACAGUCACUCGUUCCAUACACUGUCACUCCCUUGUUUGCACACUCUCACUCCUUUCUUUGUGCCUUUUCCAGCAGCCUCAAGCUUGAAAAGAACCCCUCUUUAUUCUUGACCUAUUCAUACUCGUAGACCGUCAGGAUGAAACCUUCUCAGUUGUUUGCCUUAUCUGCCGCAGCCUUUUCCGGCGUGGGUGCAUACUAUUCCGGCUUCAACAUUGGUGCCAACCUUGCCUCGGGAGCAUGUCGAAGCCAAUCUGACUGGGAAUUUGCCUUUCAGAAGAUCGCUAGUUUCCCUGGAAGCUUCAAAUCGGCCAGGUUAUACGCCUCGAGCGACUGCAACACACUGGCCAAUGCUGUACCUGCAGCACUCGCGACUGGAACAACUCUCCUCGUUGGUAUUUGGACUGAGGAUAAUACUCAUUUUGAGGCCGAGAAGCAAGCAUUGCUUGAAGCUAUUCAACAGUAUGGCCACGAUUGGAUUUUAGCCGUCUCCGUUGGUAGUGAAGAUCUUUAUCGAGGCGACACAGAUGCCAACACUUUGGCUUCCCAGAUCAACGAUGUGCGCGGCAUGCUGUGGGGUCUAGGGGCCAGCAGUAAAUCAGUCGGACACGUCGACACUUGGACUGCUUGGGUCGACAGUGCCAACACAGCUGUCAUCGAGGCGGUUGACUGGCUCGGCAACGAUGCGUACCCUUACUGGCAAGGCAUCGGUAUCGACAAUGGCGCUGCUAGCGAUGCAUACUGGACGGCGGUCAAUCAGGUCAGAGCGGUUGCCCAAGGGAAAGACGUCUGGACGACUGAAACUGGUCAACCCAUAUCGGGAGAUUCAAUUGGCGACGCAGUGCCUUCCGUCGAGUCGCUACAAACCUAUUGGUGGCAAGUGUCGUGCGCCAGCUUCAGCAGCCUGAACUACUUCUUCUACGAUCUCGACGAUUUCACGGCUUCACCCAGUUUUGCGGUAGUCGACUCGAACUACAACCCAUUGAUCGACAUGACCUGCGGCGCUUGAGCUCAAGUUCAGUUGAGGACAAUUCGCCGCACCGAUAUAGAUAUUAUCUUAAUCUGGGCGCACAUCUAUCACUGGUUCAUUUUGCAUAGCGUGGGUUUGGAACGGUAGCAUAAUAGACUUUAUUUAAUAUAUAUGUAUAUAUACAUGGCAAGCUUCA